GCCUUCAUGAUUUUGUAGACUAAAAAGGACUUGUAACAAGUGACGUCACCGGGCGACUCCUCGCUACUACAUUCCCUCUGAAAAGAGUUUAGUCCUGCACUUGACUCAGACACGGUUUGAGACGCACCCACAUGCUGGGAUACAGGAGCCAGGCUAGAACAAAAGCCAGUCCAGAACCUGUGGAAUGGAGUGAAAGAGAAGAGAAGAGAAGAGUCUCCUGUCCUCUGGAGGAAUCAUGUUUCCCAGAAGGAUACCGUUUAAUCAGAUCGCCUUCGCCACUCUAGUUGGUGUUGGAGGAGGAAUUUAUAUCUACAGACCGAUGUUCGAGUCUCCCAGAAGAAACCAAGAAGCAGGAAGUAAAGCUGAGACUAGAAAUGAAGGACAGAAUAACGUGGGGGAGGAAGCAAAUGAGGAAAGAGAAAAGAAGGAACCACCAUCAUCAUCAUCAUCCUAAUCAUCAUCUUCUUCAUUAUACCUUAAAUAAUGAAUAAUAAAAUUGGACAGUUUUGCAAAUAAAUCUACUAAUAAGUGACUCAGCCGAGUCGCAAUCAAUUAAAAUACAAUUUUAUUGUUAAAAAAAAA